AUGGCAUCCUUAGUAUCCAGGCGAUUGGCCUCUGUUGCUGUUAGGACCUCUAGCUAUCGAACUUUUGCUGCUGCUGCUCUCCAAUCCAGGGCCUAUAGUCAGGAUCGACAAGCUGGCUCGAUCAGAGACGCUGGUGGAUCGUUUGGUAAGAAAGAAAAAGCGCAGGAGGAUCAGUACUUUAGGAAAUUACAAGAAGAACAGCUACAAAAGCUCCAUGAUAUAAAAAAAUUUCAUGAAGAAGAACUGAAACAUCAUCAAGAUGCUAUCGAUCGACAUGACCAAAAAAUUCAGGAAUUCAAAGAGAAAAUUCAAGACAACGUUCCUCUUAUGAGUAAUAAUAAUCAAAUUGAUAAUAAUGCCAGUGCUCAAUAUGUCUAUAACUCCUAUGGAGAUAAAUGA